ACCCGGGUCGAGGCGGCUCGGUGGCCAGUGUGGUUCUGGCCCGGACUGCCUCCGUGGUUGCCCCUCGCCCAGCCUCUUUAAGAUGUUCAGCAAAGAAUCCUGUGGGAAGAAAGAGAAGUCUCGGAGAAGAGGCACCACUUCAUCCCCCUACUUUGGUGAAAAAGACAAGAAAGAGAAAAAGACCUCAGCAACUUCUGCUAGUUCAGCUCUAAGACCAGUUCCAUCAGAGAAGAGAAAACUGAAAUCAGAUCAUACAGAUAUUCUGUACUAUCAAACAAACGGGAGACAAGAAUUGAAAAGAUUGAAUGUUGAAAUUGAUGUUCUUAAAAAGAGACCAAAAAUCAGUUCUUCAUCCCAAGGAUCUAUUAAAUUCCAAGAAACAUCAUAUUCAAAUGAUAAUCAAAUUAUUUCACAGAGUCCUUCUUCAAAUGGAAAUAAAAAAGAUACAAGUAGAUGUAUAGAUUUUAAACUUAAAGAUAUCAAGUUCACAAAUGUUAGGAGUAAGUUUGACCAUGGAAUUAAAAACCUUAGCAGUCCUACGAUUGCCAAUGAUGUGAAACCUAAAGCUGAAGGCCAGGCCGAUGAAAAGAAAUGGACUCACUUACGUGCUCAGAGGGAGAAGAUGAAAGAACUCAAGAAAGAAAGGAACCAUAAAUUUAGAGACAGUUCUGAAAAAUAUGUCUUGGAGAAAUGCAAGAAAAAUCAAGUUUCUCAGGAUUAUAAUUCCAACAAGAUAGCUAAGGAACAUCUCGAAUCUAAAAGGAAGGUUAGUGCCAAAAUCCCAGUGAACUCCUGCGAUUCCCUCCAGAAGCCUGCAGAAGAAAAUGUCUUCAAUUUAGAUUUUAACAAGUUAGAGACUAACCAGGAAAAAAAAGAGUGCCUGGAAAGUUCUGAGGUUUCAUUAAAUUUGUCUAGGCACAAAAUGGAACAUUUCUUUUCAGAUUCCACGUGUAAGUGGACUCAUAUGUGGAAAGGAAAAUACCAUGAGCGUCAAGGAAGUAAUGAUUCAAAUUCUAGAGAAAACCUAACCCAGAGUUUUGAAGCACCAUGUUCUUCAGGGUCAUCUGAAAAUAUUCAAGAUACAGAUCAAGAGAUGCAGAUAGUAGAAGAGCUUCAUGCUGCACGUGUGGGAAAAUCUUUGGAUUUACCUUUGGUUCCUCCUUCUGGAGAGUUAAUGAGUAUGGAAAUUGACUUGGUGGAAGAUGAUGUACAUUCUUCUGCUGGAAAUACUCCUUUAGACAAAAAGCUUCUAAUUGUUAUUGACACAAAUAUUCUCAUGAAUCAUCUCAAAUUUGUUAGAGUUUUGAAGACAACAGAAAUACCAGGAUUCGACAAACUUGUAUUAAUAAUUCCCUGGGUGGUUAUGCAAGAGCUAGAUCGUAUGAAGGCAGGAAAACUGUUAAAACAUGCUCAGCACAAGGCUAUACCUGCAGUUCAUUUUAUCAAUGACAGUCUCAAAAAUCAAGAUAGAAAGCUAUGGGGUCAGUCAAUUCAACUUGCGUCUCAGAAACUUUAUGGAUUGAGUGAUGAAAACAAUGAUGAUCGAGUGUUAAAAUGCUGUCUUCAGCACCAAGAAUUAUUCCCUUGUUCUCUUGUUAUUUUGUGCACGGAUGAUAGAAAUUUGAGAAACAAAGGCCUAAUAAGUGGUGUGAAGUCACUCAGUAAAGAAGAAUUGAGUGCAGAGUUAUUAAACUUAUCUCUGAAUACAGACGCAUGUCAUCAGCUUUGUAUUUCUAAGGAACAGUUGAAAGCAGAAGCAGCACUCUUGGAAGAGAGCUAUGAGAAAGAGUCUACCGGUUCUGGACUGUCUAUUCUACUUGAAAGCAUCGUAUCUGAUCUUGAAAAAUCUCUUGGAACAGCUUUAUCUUCAAUAUUAGAAACAGAAAUGAAAAUGGCUUUUGGGAACCUCUGGAUGGAGAUGCUGUACUUGAAACCACCAUGGACUCUAAUACAUUUAUUACAGUGCUUUAAGAAACAUUGGUUAGCUGUAUUUGGAUUAAUUAUGGAAAAGAACUUACUUUUAACUGUUGAGAGCCUAUAUGAAAAUCUCCAUAGAGCUAAUAAUACAGUGGAUUUUACCACAGUAAAAUUCCUGCUGCAGGAUUCUAAAAGUUUGUUACAUGCUUUCAGUACAAGGUCAAAUUAUGAUGGUAUUCUUCCACAGGCUUUUGCUCAAGUAAACAAACUGCUCCAAGCAUUUGCAGAGGUCAAGACAAAACUUAAGGCAAAUUCUUCAGAAAAUACAGUGAGUAAAAAUCAGGAAACUACUUCUUCAGUGAAGUCUCAUAACCAAGAAAUGGCUGUUUUCUCAGAAUCUCAUCUUCCCCAGCCCAACAGACAUCAAGAAAUCUGGUCUAUCCUAGAAAAUGUUUGGAUUACAAUAUAUCAGAACAGCAUGGAUGUAUUUGAAAGAUUGGGCUCAAAUUCAGCUCUGACUACUUCAAAAAUAGCAUCAUUUGAAGAAGCUUUUAUUUAUCUUCAAAAGUUAAUGGCAGCUGUGAAGGAUAUCCUGGAAGGAAUUCAGAGAAUUUUGGCCCCUAACAGUAAUUUUCAAGAUGUUGAGACCCUCUAUAACUUCCUAAUCAAGAAUGAGGUAAAUAAAAACGUCACAUUUACUGCCCAGGAACUUUAUGAUUGUGUUUCUCAAAUUGAGUAUCGGGAAAAGUUAACCAUUGGAUGCUGCCAGCUGGUUGAGAUGGACUAUACCAUGCAGCAGUGCAACGCCUCUGUCUAUAUGGAGGCCAAAAAGAGGGGAUGGUGUGAAGACACGCUCAACUACAGGACAUAGUGCUGAUUUGUAACGUAAACGGAAUUGUCUUCAAGAAGAACAGACUAACUUUCAACCUGGUCUCUUUUUUGAGGCAAACUUAAGAGAACUGUAAGAAAUGUUUCAUAAGUACAAAAAGGAGGAUGGCCGAUUACCGACAAUCUAAAUGAAGCUAAAAAGCUGAUGCAUCCGUUGUGCAAUAAACUGUGGACUCACCUCUUCUGGAGUUGACAGUACUUCCCUCCCCCACUCCUGAUACUGAGCCAGGAUCUCUAAGGAAAGGAGAGCUAUUAUUUUUUUUUUUCUUUCUUCCUAGGGCAGGAGCCACUGUGGCCUCUGAGGAAGACCCAGGGCAUAGUACCCAGCAUUUCUUUCAACCCUAAACAUGGAUUUGUGACCAGAGACAUUGAAAAACUGUAAAAAAGAAUUAGGACAUGACUAUGCUCACAUUUCAUAAAUGAAAUCUUACUGUUUUAUGAUCAAACUCAUCUAUGUAGAACUGGAGAAAAUAAUGCUCCCCAUCAUCACCUCCUUUGAGAUAAGGAAAGAAUUUUACUUUAGCUACCACUUCCCAUACAGCCUCUUCUCUUUUUCUCUGGGCUUGGCACUUUUCGGUGUAUUUUUAAUGGGAAAGAGCAGGAUGACCCCUUUGCCUAAUUUCUCUUUAAAUGUGACCAACAUGGAUUUAUGGAGUUAGGUGGCAGAUGAAUAACGCCUGCCACUGGCUAAAACCAAGAGUUGAAUUGACUUAUUUCUUAGCUGCCCAGUAAGUUGGAGAUCCUUGUUUACUGGCAUGUAAUAUGCUUUUGUUAAUACAUAAGAGUAAAUCCAAUUUGGUACUCUAUUAUGUUCUUUUUAAAGCAAUAAACAACUUUUAAUUAAGA